AUGGCAACCGAUACGGAACCAAAGAAGAUCAUAAUUGAUACCGACCCUGGCAUCGAUGAUGCCAUGGCAAUAUUCCUUGCUCUACAAUCACCUGAGGUUGAAGUUAUUGGACUCACAACAAUCUAUGGAAAUGUUUACACCACUCUGGCAACCAGAAAUGCCUUGCAUUUGUUGGAGGUUGCUGGGAGAACAGAUAUACCCGUGGCAGAAGGUUCUCAUCUGACAUUAACUAAAGGAACAAAACUUCAUAUUGCAGAUUUUGUCCACGGUGCAGAUGGACUUGGCAACCAAAAUUUUCCUCCACCAAAGGGGAAGCCCAUUGAAGAAUCAGCUGCUGCCUUCUUGGUUCACCAAGCAAAAGUUAACCCUGGAAAAGUCACUGUGGUGGCAUUGGGCCCGCUUACAAAUAUUGCUUUGGCUAUACAGCUGGAUCCAGAAUUUGCAAAGAACAUUGGGCAGAUUGUUAUUCUUGGGGGGGCUUUUGCAGUAAAUGGCAAUGUGAAUCCAGCUGCUGAAGCCAAUAUAUUUGGUGAUCCAGAUGCUGCAGACGUUGUAUUUACAAGUGGCGCAGAUAUACUUGCAGUGGGGAUAAAUGUUACCCAUCAAGUUAUACUGACAAGUUCUGAUCGAGAAAUUUUGGCAAGUUCAAAUGGAAAAUUUGCUCAAUACCUGAACAAAAUCUUAGAUGUAUAUUUCUCUUACCAUCAGGAGGCAUACAAUACCAAAGGGGUUUACCUUCAUGACCCAACUGUGGUUCUUGCAGCUGUUGAUCCUUCAAUUGUAACUUGUAUAGAGGGCAUUGUCAGAGUCCAAACGAGUGGCAUUACAAGGGGACUCACAAUACUCUACAACAAACAAAAAAGGUUUGGUGAAAUCCACGAAUGGUCAAAUAAGCCAACAGUAAAAGUAGCUGUGACAGUUGAUGCUCCUAGAGUUAUGAAACUCGUGAUGGAUCGUCUUAUGGACUCUUAA